CGGAACCAACCCGCGCUUCCGCCGCCGUUCUCCUCUCUCUGCCUUCUCCCUCACUCCCCCCCGCUUCUUCUCCGACUACUGGCUGGCAACCCUGACCUACCAUCACAUUGUUCCACUGCUGCAUUCCGCGAUUCUUGGGGGAUCCGUUGCUUUAGGGUUUCUAAUCCGUCAGAUUUAUGGCGCAUGGACCGGUCACAGUGACGAAGAAUGAUUGAUCGUUGCUGAUUUGUAGUCUUAAUUGUUGCCGUGUAUCAAUGCGCGAGUCUGUUCGGCAGAUAUCAAUUGGAGCAGCAUGUGAUCUGGAACUCAAUUGCCACGCCCUGAAAGCAUGGAAACAUUGAAUUCUUCAAUUGCUCGUACUAAACUCCGACAUUUAAAGAGUCAGAACAGUAGUGUUUCUCUCGAUUUGUCAAGGAACAGGGCAAUUACUUCCGUCUGCUGUGUGACAUUCACCUCCAAUUCCUCGGACAAUGGACUUCAAGAAACCAAUAGCUUGCUUUCUGAUAUUGCAUCUGAUGUUAGCAAGAGGCAUUUGAUUAAAUCUAUGGUAUGGCGCUCAAGAAGCAUAGCCUAUUCUGGGAGAACAAAUUGUUAUUCAUCCAUGCACAAUGUUCAGCCAUCCCUAUUUAAUUUACUUGCUGCUCCGAUUUUCCUCUUGAAGAAUUUGAGGAAGGAAGAAUUUUAAACACGAGCAUUGGAACUGGCCCUUGAAUACAAUGAUCCACAUGCCAAUGUAUAUGUGAGUAUGAGUUACUGGCACCCUUUCCAGAUGGGGUGCUCUUCAUCAGGAAAGAUGCUUAGUCUGUAAAACUGCCAAUUUCUAUCAGUGAAACCAUGGUAUGAACAUGAAGCUAAUGAUGAGCUACAAAGUUUCUCUAAGCCUGAGGAGGUUUUGGUUUUGCUAUGGGCAGCCAGCAAGAUGCGAGCUUAAGCAGUAUCAAUGUGUCGGUUGGGGGCCUGGUGUGGGUCCGCCGCCGAAAUGGAUCAUGGUGGCCUGGACGGACUGUGGGGCUGCAUGAACUGCCUGUGAAAUGCUUGCUUCCUCCGAGAUCGGGAACUCCCAUCAAGCUUCUUGGAAGAGAAGAUGGGAGCAUGGACUGGUAUAAUCUUGAGAAAUCAACACGUGUUAAAGCAUUUCGCUGUGGGGAGUUUGACGAAUGCAUCCAGAAGGCCAUGGCUUCUGCAGUUCAUUCAAGUAAAUUCUCAACCAGUACAGGGAAGUACGUCCACAGAGAAGAUGCCAUUCUUCAUGCCUUGGAGAUUGAGAAGUCUUACUUUCCUUCCAGAAAGCAGAAUGGCUCAGGAAUGAACAACUUCUACAGAGCAACAGGUUGUGAUUUUACCAAAAAAUCAAAAAAGAUGCAUAGACUUGACAAGCAACGAGGUUUGAUGGCCAGAAAAUUUGAUACUUUUGAAGAGAAUUCAUCCCAAGAGAUAGCUCAAUCUUUGGUGUCAUAUGAACAGCUGGAUAAGUUGAUUGCUGCUGAUGCUCAACUGAUGGAGAAAGAACAUUGGAGAACUCCAAAUGAUUCAGAAGGUGAAGGAAUAAACCAUGUGAGAGAUCUUCAGGACAUAGGAUUGGGGAUUAUAUCAACUAGAAAGCCUCAUGUGCAUGUUGAAACAGAAUUAUUUACUGACUUAGCCCUUCCUAACAGUGCUUCGCUCAGCAAAUCAAACAUAAAUAACAGGUUUUUUAGUUCUGGUCCAAUAAUAAGCUGUGAAAGUUCUGGUUCAUGCCUGAAACGGAAGCGAUCGAGUGCCAAAGCUCAUGAGGAUGUGAGAAAAGACUGUCACCAUGCACUGAGUAAAGUUUGCAAAGGUAGUAGGAUUAUAAUUCCGUCAUAUUGUUACUGGGAUGGUACUUUUGGAGGAUUCUGGCCUCUUAAAGAAGCUACUGAGAAAACAUCAAAGGAACUGCUAUCUAUUCCAAGUUGGACAAAUAUUACAUGUGGUUCAGGAACAUUGGGUGAAACAUUGUUGGGUGCAUCUGAGAGCACUUGUAAAUUUGAUGGCACAGACUUCAAUUCUCAAAUCAAGGACUGUGAACUUGCAAGCAUGUUGGAGUUCAUCGACAAUGAAUGCUCUGAUGGCCUGGUCAAUAUUCCCCUUGUAAUGGGUGACUGUAUUGGUGAAGAUUUUCAGAAGGCUUCUGAAUAUUGUCCGAUCAGAGAUCUUCUGCCACGUGUAGAUGAUAAGCAUUAUAAUGGUUGCUGCGACAAUGAUCUUGUAUCACAUUUUGCUGAAGGGCUUAGAGAGAGUAGCUUUACUGAUUCUCGACAUCAGCUUAAUAGUGUCAAUAAGAAGGCAGAAAAGAGGGGUGUGGAACCACAUUUAAUCAGUAAAAAUAACCUGAAUUAUAUGAGGUUCAGUAGAAUUACAAAUUCUGAAAGCCACAUCAAUGGGGCCAAUCAAUCUGAGAAUUCCUUGGAUCAAAUGGAGAAGAAAAAAAUUUCUGCAGGCUUGGCCAGAAAAAUUGGCAGCAAUCAUUCGGAUGAAUUCUUGACUCUCGAUAGUUGUCAUUGUCAUUUAGUAAAGGAUGAAUCAGUUUCAGAGGCAUAUGAUGUUUCCCAAUCUCAGAGUUCUGAUCUUCCUUGCUCUUCUAGUGAAUGGGAACAUUGCCAGUCCGAAGCUUUAAAGCAUUGUGUAAUAAAUUGCUCUACCUCACUUCUACCCUCAAGAGACCAUGAGAGAUCAUCCAGGCGACAGAUUCCUAUCUCCACUCUGAUGACUCGACAAUUGUUUCCUCGUGACCGAGUCUCUACUCUGACUUGCUCCAAGUACCAGGUUGUGAAGCAAAUAAGUACAGGUCUGGGUUCUUCACUAUAUGAUGUUGAAUUGACUGUAGAAACAAAAACUAGCAGACCUCAUGUGCCUCUGAAUUCUCUCAUGAGUAAAUUGAAUGGUAAAGCAAUUGUUGGCCAUCCUGCUCCCGUUGAGGUCAUGGAAGACGGCUCCAGUGAUACUCUGAUAACUAAGAACGACUGUUGGCCAGCUACAAGCAACAUUAAUCGGUCACUGAAGAAUGGAUUAGUAAUUAUUGGGAGAGCAACUCCUAGGAAGAAAGCAGCACAGACCUAUCGUGGCGUUCAAUGGGGGAACUAUGAUCAGCUCAAUGUUCCUUCUCUUUUGGAAAGAAAACAUUCAAAUAGCAGAACAUCAAGGUUGUCUCCCAGAAAGAUCCGGAGGCUUUCAUCCAUCAGAAAGCCAGAGGUUGAAACGAUUGUGAGACCUGCUGUUGCAUGUGUUCCACUCGGACUUGUCUUUAGUAGGAUUACCGAAGCAUUUCCUUCAUCACUAUAGCUAAUUCCAGUCAUUGUAACAAUUACUUCCCUUAAAGCGUGCCCAGAGAAAUCUGUUCUUCUACCUACAUAUCACUUCCUAGUUGGACACUGUAAAUUUUUGCCACCGGUUUGAUGCAUAGUGUUGCACAUAUCUUUCGAUUU